UCUUAACAAUAAACUGACUCAUCAUAGGGAGGCCACCACCGGCGCGGAGUGCACCGCAUCAUCAGGGAAAAAAAGACGGACAUCGCCGAGGAAGAAAGCCUCACACAAGACUGGAGAUUUGCCGACCAUUUUCCGUCUGCUCGGAACAAAAUCUUGAAUUCGUUUGUUCAGCGUAUUGCACUGACGGCAAGAGAUUUCUUUCCCUUCAGACUCUACCUUGUGUCGAUGUCACCGGUAUCUCCUCAGCCACCAUGCCUCGUGCAGUGUCUCGGAAACACACCGCUGUUGUGUAUUCGCCAUCUUCUUAUGUCAAACAGAAAAUUUCCAGAGCGGCCAGGUCGGCUUUUUCGUUACUGCGUCGGGCCUCGAUCACACUGGGAGCUUUCAUCGUUUGGCUGUUCAGUCUGAUCGCGUACCUCAACGUCCUGCCGAUCAUAUCCCGCUGUAUGAAACCCCGCCGUCAAGUGAGGAAAAGAUCCUACGAAGCCACAGAGAGCGUCACAUAUGUAUCUGGUUUACGAGAUCGUCUUAUCGCGUUCAUCAGCACAGAAUCAGCCAAUCAGAAACGUCUGCUGCGGUGGGUCAAGGAGCAAGCGCCAAGUCUCCAACACGUGACCGACCUAUCCAGCCAAUGGUGUGACGGGAUUGAGCUCUGUGUUCUCAUCAAUACCGUUGUGCAGGGCACGUGUCCUCGCCACGACCUGCUCCGACGGGAGCACGCCGUCAAUAACUGCAGGCUGGCUAUGCGGCUUGUCCAACGGAACUUGGGAAUACGAGAGCCAAUGACACCCGAAGAGAUGGCCGAUUGCAAGCGAAUCAAUGAGGUCAAAAUGAUGCAGUACUUAAACAACAUCAAGAACGCCAGUUUCAUUCCCGUCGAGGAGCCGGAGACAUCCGUCAAGCCGGCCGAGGGCGGGACCACCAUUGACCCGUCCAUCGAGAAGGAGUGCAGCGCCAGUGGCAGCGGGCUGGUCGUGGCAGUGGUCGACAAGAGGGCCCGGUUCACCAUAACCACCCAGACGUACAAGUACAAGAACCUGUACGUGGAGAUCACAGGACCAAACCGAGAGAAGGUCCGAAGGAAGAUCAAAACUACCAAAGUGAAUAGAGGGUGUCUGAUCAAUGGUGGUUCUAGCCAGUCCAGUAGGGACGAACAACACCCCGAAGACGAGGGUCCACCCGAGCCAAUACCGCUGGACUAUCAAAUCAUCAAGCCAGGGUCGUACCAGGUGAACUACAUUCCGAGAAGUUUGGGGUCGUAUCAGGUGGCGAUAACGUGGGGUGGGGAACACAUCAAGAACAGCCCCUUCAAGGUGCGUUCAACCAUGGCCAAGAACAUCGAGCAGACUACGGUCCGGGCCACGCCAGGCGUCGUCAAGGCAGUGUCGUUUCAGGACGAGCAGGAUUCAGCAGCGGACCAAGACGGAGGGUCCGAGCCGCCAGUGCCGUCGGACACCGAGAGCAACUCCACCAGGUCGCGUCGCCAGUCCCUGGUCAGGCAGGCGCACAUCUCCCAGCUACGAGACUCUUACGAGAGCACCAGUACUUCCCCAUUCAGUAGCAUGUGCAGUAGUAUGGUCAGCAGUAUGGACCACAGCAUUGAUAACACAUCCGACGUGUUUCUGCCCAAUCACCACGCUCAUCCUUCCGGAGCCCAUCCGUUCUUGUCUCGCCACAGCUCGUCGGUGAGCACGGCCUCUUCCCGUAGCGGUUCUAUACUGAGCAGGAGUAGCUCCAUCAUGCAUAGCACCGACCGGCCACCAGCAGUCAAGACUCGGAGGAAAGUCAUCCGUAGAAUCAUCAAAGGUGCUGGUGGUACAGAGGAGGUGACCUACCCCAACGUGCGCAGUUCCUCAAUCUUAUCCUCCUCUCAGAUGUCGAGUAUGACAAGUACUCCUUCGAUAUCCACCUCCAUGAGCAUUGAUGACCGCUCUCCAAAGUUUAGUACAUCUUCUUCUUCAUCCGUAGCAAGUGCCUCCUUCAUGCACUCACGAGGCGCCAAAAACGAUGACCAGUCUGAAAGAUACGCCGAUCGCAUGUCCAAGAUUCUCAUCGGCAAAGCGCUGAACGAAAUCUCAAAGCAGGUGGCUACAAAUCUGAUGGCGAAAUCCCAGGCUAACGACGACAGAGAAAGUAAGGAUGUUCACCUCUCAACAGACAAGAAAACUCCUUGUGGACAAAUCGUCAACAGGGGUAUUUCGUGUAAGGCGCAGUCGAUCGCUAUCGAUCACAAAAUCCAUUCUUCUCAGCCUGAUGUGACUUUAAAUGCAAACACAGCCAAUAAAAUUGAAGCCCAAACGCCCUGUGAUACCUCAGGACAGCCUCAACUAUCCUCGAAGCAAACUCGGGAUCCGGCAGGUUUGGAUCAGUAUCUUAAGUACCGAAAUGAGUUCCUGCGGAGUUUCGAUACGAAAAGUCCUUCGAGGGAACCAAAACCCCGGAAGGUGAACAGCAACGUGGAACAAUCGGUAGUGACAACAUCGAGGAGUGGGAAUCAAAGGCAGGUAACCAGUACAAAACCCAAUGACGCGCCAGGACACGUCCGACGAGCACACAAGAAGAGAAAGGAGGACAAGGCGACACAGUGUACGGCCCAGGACAUCAAAUCAGCCACCGGCUGGAUAAGCAGACGCAGCGUGUACAGAAACGCUCACGCAAACAACCGGCAGAAAGACAGUAACGGCGACAGUGCACUGGGUGAAAGCGAAGGUUCUUUGCCCAACUCGUCCAGCGACAGAGAUAAAUCACGGUCUGCAACCAAUAAGGUUUUCCGCAGACCGGCUCAGCCACUGGGAUCUGAGAGCAGCACAAGGCCGGCGGACUUAGACCGCAGCAGUGCAGCCGCCGGUUCUCCGGUGCAGCACCGGAGAGGGCGAUCCGGAACCCAGAGCUCUACCCAGGGCAGGCAGUCCACAUUCGACAGUGGUUUUUCGGACGAAAACGGCUACAUUGUUGGUCAAGAACAUCGGCGGAACACAGAUGAAGUCAGAGGUCGACGCUCCGGUCUCUUGGCAAACGACAAACCACAGACCAAGACUCCUUCUGUCUCGGGAGCUGAGACUGUACAAAGUCGAAAAGAACCACGAGGGGAAACAACAAACUCAAAUAUCGUUGAGCACCAGUCAGAGAGGGGGAAAGAAAGAGCAGAGCAACAGUCUGCCGUCCAAAGCGUUCCCAUACAAAUAGUACCACCGUCACCCAUCACCCCCAAGACUGACCAUUUCGCAACAGAGUCAGAGAACCAAAAAUCAAAUUUAGAGGAGAUUAUGAAAUUUUCGUCCGACAACGAGACCGACAAAGAAGAGUUCUUAUCUGGGCAUCACUUAACAGUCGAGACACCAUGUCAAGAUAGCUCGACUGCCCCCACUCCAGGAGAUUCGUCCGUGGGAAACAUAUCCUCUCCUGAGGAAGACGUUGCCUCCACAGAAUGCAAGUCAAACGUCAGCGGUGACAUACCUGGGGGAAAAUCCCCCUUGGCUCUUCUCGAUGACCUCGACGGCGAGCCAUCUUCGAGAGCAAGCGAGAUGGGGAGGGAAAUGUCUCUGGAGGUCAUGCUGCAAAGUCUUGAGAACGAUCCCGACUACUCCACCAGGGAGUUUUUGCGCAAGUACCGGCCGAUGAUGGAGGACGAUUUAGGGAUACUUGCCCAACUGUCACCUGCGGAGCCCAAGGAAAACCAGCCAGAGGAUCGCAAAGAGAAACCCAACGUGUCAAGUUUCCAUGAAAACAGAACAACGUCGAAAGAUGGCAGUGUGACAACACCGAGCCAACCGAUACCGGAAAGAUGCCACGCGUAUGGAGUGGGACUUUACCAUGGCAUUGUGGGAGCCAAGAACAAUUUUCAGGUUCGAACUAUAACAGCCGGGGACGGCUCUCUCAGCGUCACAAUCCGCGGACCACAACCCCACACGGUCAACGAGACCAAUGUCAUCUACACGGGCGACGAUCUGUACGAGAUCAUCUACGACGUCAGUCUGGCAGGGUUCUACGUCAUCUCGGUCAAGUGGGGUGACAAACACGUCCCAGACAGUCCGUUCAUCGUCAAGGUCACAUUUUAGAAAGAGACAGGGGUGGAGUUAAGUGCGUGGGCAUACGCAUGGGGAAUAAUGGAAGAAACACAUGUGGGAAGUGGGAAGGUUGAUGAAAAACACUGGCAUGCUUGAUCAUGCCCGGAAAUUCUCCCCUUCUACUGUAAACGGUCGGUCAGUUUGUUGCAGGUGAGUGCUUUGCACUCCCACCGACGAAGUGGUGGGCUGCCUUGGCUAGGGGUGGAUCAUUGGCAGCAAUUAUGGUUCUGUGUGCAACAUUAAGGGGGGGACAAGCGUUCACAAUUAAACAACUUUUUAUAUUUUUUAAUAUUCUAUUUUACCAAUCUUUAAUGAUCCGUAGUCUUCGAAAAACAUGGACCAGCCAAUUAAGCUGAGAAAGUUUGGGAAAGCCAGCCAGUGUGAACAAAAACAUAUUGUUUAUACUGUGUACAUUAUUCAAUAUACAGGCAAACACAUCAAUGCAAGCAAAUCCAAAAUUUACCCCAUGUUUUUAGCACUCAGAGAGUGCGUAUUAGUUAGAUGCAUAUUUUUCCAAUGCAUUGCCUUUACGAGGGAAAUAUUUUUUGCUUGCCAUAGUCUUGAAAAGAGCAUUUUCAAAAGAAGUGGACAUCCUUGAAUAAUUAUUUUGAGCAAAACCCUCACUAAAUACGGG